AUGAUAAUCCUGAUUUUUUGGUCAUUAGAAUCUUCAAAAUAAAAUCAUAUAUAGUAUUAAUAAUUUAAAUAGAUAUAGCAAAUCAAAUGGUUUUCAUAUUAUGUAAGGCUAAACCUAAUAGAACUUCAUUUGCAUAUAUUUGGAAAAAAUAUAUGAGAAACUGAUUAAAAAAUACUUAAUAUUUGGGGUCAUUUAAGAAAAGUUAAGAAGAAAGAUAAAAGUCAGGAAUGAUAUAUCUAGCAACCUGUUUCUAUGUAGUAAAAUUUGA